GUGGUGACGUUGACACACAUCUGACUCAUGGCGUUGAGGUUCUGAAUUCCGAGAUUUUUUGGGACAGUCAUCACAUUCCCCCACAGACGAGCCCCUAGAACGGAGUGGAAAACCAUGGACACACUGCCAGACGCAUCUGAAGCUGACAUCUCUCUAUCUCCUCAGGAGCUCGAGAUUCUUCGUGACCAAUACUUGACUGAAGGCGAAAAACCUCGGCCUCAAACCAAAUUCAAUUACGCUUGGGCACUUGUACGAAGUCGUGUGCGGACCGACCAGCAAGAGGGUAUCAAGUUAUUGCACGAAAUUUACCGCGACCUUCCAAGUCGACGCCGGGAAUGCUUAUACUACCUUGCAUUGGGGGAAUACAAACUAGGCAACUAUCGGAAUGCUCGAAAAUACAAUGAAACACUCUUACAGCUUGAGUCGCGCAAUAACAAAGCAUUGUCCUUGCGAAAAUUAAUCGAUGACAAAGUCAAAUCUGAGGGUCUCGUUGGUAUGGCGAUCGUGGGGGCAGCGGUUGCGGCUGUCGGUUUGAUCACGGCCACAUUGUUCAAGCGCCCGUCCAGCGAUCACCGAUAGCUAAUCAGUACGAAACAAGUGAUUUGUGUGGGACCUUCUAUUGUAAUCGGAGCUGGAAGUUGCAUGAACUAUGAUCUACAUCCUACGUGCAUCCAUUGACGUUACUUCUAACAUUGAUCAAAUGGGGCAACACAUGACGGUUGCGCCUGCUACGCACAAACCAUAACAUUUGACAAAGCCAUGUUAUUACUAUAAUAUAGUUAAAAAAUAAUGAUAAGAACAAAUGCUGCCGACUACUACUCAUCAAG